GUUUCGCAGAAAAGACCCACUUCCUCCGGUAUAUAAGUCGGAGCCUCCACCUCCAAUCUCCACACCUUCCGUGAACAGCGGCAGCAAAAGGAAUAGCGAAAUCGGUCUUUGUUUUAAAGUCACGUGAAAACACAUAAACAGUCACCAUGUGCGACGACGAAGUAGCAGCUUUGGUUGUAGACAAUGGAUCCGGUAUGUGCAAGGCCGGUUUCGCCGGAGACGACGCCCCAAGGGCCGUCUUCCCAUCCAUCGUCGGAAGGCCGCGUCACCAGGGUGUCAUGGUAGGUAUGGGUCAGAAGGACAGCUAUGUAGGAGACGAAGCCCAGAGCAAGAGAGGUAUCCUGACCCUCAAAUACCCCAUCGAGCACGGUAUCGUCACCAACUGGGACGAUAUGGAGAAGAUCUGGCAUCACACCUUCUACAACGAACUCCGUGUUGCCCCAGAGGAACACCCCGUCCUCCUUACCGAGGCUCCCCUCAACCCCAAGGCCAACAGGGAAAAGAUGACCCAGAUCAUGUUCGAGACCUUCAACGCCCCCGCCAUGUACGUCGCCAUCCAGGCCGUCCUCUCCCUGUACGCCUCCGGACGUACCACCGGUAUCGUCCUCGACUCCGGUGAUGGUGUCACCCACACCGUCCCCAUCUACGAAGGUUACGCCCUCCCCCACGCCAUCCUCCGUCUGGACUUGGCCGGACGUGACCUCACCGACUACCUGAUGAAGAUCCUCACCGAGCGUGGUUACUCCUUCACCACCACGGCCGAGCGUGAAAUCGUCCGUGACAUCAAGGAAAAGCUCUGCUAUGUCGCCCUGGACUUCGAGCAGGAAAUGGCCACCGCCGCUGCAUCCUCCUCCCUCGAGAAGUCAUACGAGUUGCCCGACGGUCAGGUCAUCACCAUUGGCAAUGAGAGGUUCAGGUGUCCAGAGACCCUCUUCCAGCCAGCCUUCAUUGGUAUGGAAUCUGCUGGUAUUCACGAGACCACAUACAACAGCAUCAUGAAGUGCGACAUUGAUAUCCGUAAGGAUCUUUACGCCAACACCGUCCUCUCCGGAGGCACCAGCAUGUACCCAGGUAUCGCCGACAGGAUGCAAAAGGAGAUCACCGCUCUUGCCCCAAGCAGCAUGAAGAUCAAGAUCAUUGCCCCACCAGAAAGGAAAUACUCCGUAUGGAUCGGUGGCUCCAUCUUGGCUUCCCUUUCCACCUUCCAGCAGAUGUGGAUCAGCAAGCAGGAGUACGACGAGUCCGGUCCAUCCAUCGUCCACCGCAAGUGCUUCUAAACGUCUCGCUCCAGAUCCAAAUCAAACACCGAGAUGGACACAUGCAAAGACACUCUUGGCGCGCAGGCUAGGUUGAACUGUCACCUGAACCUAGACCUUGGUCCGGAAUACGUUCCAUCUUGGUAACACCAAGAAACUUCUAUACAGUUAAGCCGCGUCUCUUGUUCUUUUCUUACACCACGCGUCACAUGACCCUCAAACCAUGUUUCAAAAUAUUUCUUUUUAUGUAAAUUUGCUCUCUCUCCCUCUCUCUUUUUUAAAAAUGUCUCUGUCUUUAUAUUAUGUCUUACAUCAACGGAUAAGGGCUCACUGGUCUAGGAGGGCUGACAUUGGCAGUUAUUCUUUGUGCAAUCUGUAGUCGGAGCCCUGUAGGUUCUAUAUUAAUUUUAGAGUAUCAUUUAUAGAAUUAUUGUGACGUCACCCUCUUUCUGUCAUUCAUCUUCUAAGAUCACGCCCACGACAUGGGUCGCCCCUCUGGGGUAAGCAUUGAGAGCGUCUAACUAAGAUUGAUUAUGUUGAAUGUCCGAUUUUCUUACAUGAUGGAUCAUCUAAAUGAUGGAAAGUCAACUGGAUAUAAGAUCUAAUGGAUUGGUAAUUGGAAUUCACCAGAACUAUAUGUUUCGAAAGAUAACGAACAAUCAAAAAGAAAUAGCUUUUUUGAUCGGCAAAGGCAAUAUUUUGUGACUUCUUUAUUUUUUAUUAUUUAUUAUUUCUAGGUAUAGUUGGAAUGUAACUUUAUAUGGUUUAGUAUUCAUAUCAAUAAAAGUACUGAAAGCCGUUCAAA